AUGGCUUCCAAUAACUCGCACCCUUCUGCAUCUAUGGGUGGCGCCUCUGCUCCCUCUAAAGGCAAAGAGAAGGCUUCUUCAAGCAAAGUCAGAAAGAUGGUGGAUCGCGCAGUGUAUAGACGAGCUAAAUGGAGACUCGCCGAGAUCGCGAGCGACAUCGAGGAUGAUCAAUCAUAUACUCGUUUGGAGGCGCUUACCGAGGACGAUACGUCAAGUGUGGAUCUCGGCCCUGGCACGUCUAGUUCUCGGGUGGUUCGCGAGUCGGGCUAUACUAUCUUACCAUGGCGGGGAAUGUGGGGUGAUGAGGCGCCUCCUUCCUCGGCGCGCCUACUAGGCCCUGACAAGCGUCCCAGUAUUCAACUGCACCGAGUUUUGUCUUAUAUCCGUGGUCUAGGUUAUCCUACAGACUGGGGGUAUGCGCUUCCGAAUUGUGGUGCUCGCAUCGGGAGUUGCCCCGAGGGUUGGUUUGCGAUUUAUUCGGAGUAUUUGAAGUGUGGCUUAAAGUUCCCGUUGGAUCCCGUCUUAUCGGGUAUUUUGGAGAUGGUUGGGUGUCCCCUUAGCUUUCUGUCUCCUUCGCUUAUCUUCCACACCUGCGCCUUCACGCUUAUCUGCAAGCGCCUAGGCUACAUCCCUUCAUUCUCUAUCUUCCGUAGCAUAUACGCCUUGGAGCGGGGUAAGCAUGGUUGGUCGCCCGUGAAGCGUGAUAGUAAAUACCAGGGACGGGUUUGCAAGGGAUCGCCUAAGCUCCCUAGCAAAUGGUAUUGCUCUUACUUCUUUAUUAGACCGACUCCUGGUACUUGGCAUGCACCGACUUCGGCGCCUCUCUCGACUCUAUGGGGUGAGGGUUCGAAAGAGACGUGGGCCAAGGACUUUUCCCUUGGGAAGCCUGAGCGAGAACAGAAGCACCACAUUCUUCGUGCGCCUCCCGUGGAUUUUGGGAGAAAGGGGGAGAGAGCGCGCGCCUUGGGAGAACUUUACGACCAUGAUUUCGACUACUCGAGCCUAGCGAAGAUGGCGAAGAAGACUCCUGGCGCCUCCGGAGUUAGGGCACAGAAGGCGCCUAGCAUCCCUGCCGAGCGAACUCCCCGUUCAUCUGGCAAGGCGUCUGACGACAUCGAGGAGGCGUCUCCUCGAUUGUUUCCUUCCUUGGGGUCACGUGACCCUCUCCCGGAGAAGACAUUAGGCAAGCGCCAUGCCUCGGCCGACUCUCCUGUUGCGGUUCCAAAGAAGAAGAACAAGCCAAGUCUUGGGAGUAUUGAUGAGAUUUUGGCACCUCCUCGCUCGCGACGUGCCGUAAAGCCGAAGGAGCCUGUUCUAAUCUCUCCUUCUGCUGCCCUCAAUGCUCCAAGCGCCUUUACUUCGGCCGUGGAGUUGAAGUUCCUGCAGCUUCCCCUCGACGAGGGUACCUCUCCUGCAGGUUCUGCGUGCCAGCACAUGUUCCAGGCGAUGCUUGAUGUGGUUACUCUUUCUGACAAGAGUGCGGAGAAUCGAGAUCGCGCCCAUAAGAACUUUCUGUUGGCUUCUCAGCUGAAAACUGACAAGAUCACUCUCCAAGGCGUUAACUCUCGUCUGGAGGAUGAGUUGGCGUCGGUGAAGCGGCAGCUUUCGGACGCCUUGGCUGCUGAGAGUGUUUCUACUCGUGAAGAGAAGGAGAAGGAGAUAACAUUCCAGGCGAAGCGGAUUGAGGCCUUGGAGAAGGAGCUACUGGCGAUGUCUGCCGCUAGGGGUCACCAGAAGGAAGAAUUUAAGAAGAGGCUGAUCAAGGAGCGUGAAGAUGCCGUGGACGCCCACCUGUCUUCAGCAGAGUUUCGUGAGUGGCAGCAGAGCCUUCUGCUCGGAGUGAAGAAGAGGGCUUUCAUCGGCAUUCGUAAGAAGGUCCGCUCCGAUAAUCCUGGCAUGAAGUGGGAUACUCCGGAGGUCCGGCAGGCUAUGGAUGAUUACUUCCUCUCCCUUGGUACGGAUAACGAGCCUUCCGACUCGGACCCGUACCCCUUGGAUGAGGGCGACUCUUCUGCCGAUGUGGAGGUUGACGUCGAGAGGGUUGGGGAAGAGGAAGUGGGUGACAACGUCGAUGCCAAUGCUGGUGCCGGGGAAGGUGGUGGUGAUAUGGUUGCUGUCGAUGGUGAGGGUGGCGCCUCGGAUGGUGGCACCGAUGGUGACUCUAGCUCAUCCGACAAUCACUCGAGCAAGUCGGACUAG